AUGAUUUUUGCUAUUGCCGAAAUAAACCGGAAUGAGAAUCUUCUCCCAGGGAUCACGCUCGGGUAUCAGAUCCACGACGACUGCUCAUCCUUCGCGAUCGCCUCGAAAGCAGCGCUCACGUUGAUCAAUGGAGAAGAAAAUUCGAUUGAAUACCUUGAAUGCAGAGGUUCCUCCAACGUCGUGGCCAUUGUUGGAUGCGAUAUCUCUACAAGCUCCAUCGUAACUGCCAGGACAAUGGGAUCAUUUAGGAUUCCAUUGGUUAGUUACUAUUCUACCUGCUCCUGCCUCAGUGAUAAGAGAGAAUAUCCCACCUUUUUCAGAACUAUCCCCGGCGACCAAUACCAGUCCAAAAUCCUCGCAGAACUGGUGAGAACCUUUGGCUGGACUUGGAUUGGAACCAUUAGAAGUAACACCGAUUAUGGACAUUUCGGAAUGCAAGGAUUUGUGGAACAUGCCGAAAAGUUUGGGGUUUGCAUUGCCUACUCUGCGUCAUUUUACAGGACCGACCCGCCUGAAAAAAUCAGUCAUAUUGUUCAGGUGAUUAAACAGGCGUCUACUAAAGUGGUAGUGGCUUUUGCCCACAGUGGUGAUAUGCGAAUUUUAUUGAAUGAGAUUUGGCGGCAAAAUGUAACCGGCAUACAAUGGAUUGGAAGUGAGGCGUGGAUCACAAAAAAAUUUCUCCCGCCUAAAGAAAGAGGAAUUUUUCUUACUGGAGCAAUCGGUCCGGCUACCCGGAGGAUAGAGAUAGAUGGUCUCAGAGAUUAUCUUCAUAACGUCCAUCCUUCCAAGUUUCCUGGUAACACUUUGGUGAAGGAGUUUUGGGAGACUUUGUUCACUUGUUCGUUGAAAGUCGAAAACGGCACAAGCCCGGGGAACUUUCCAGGUGAAUUUCGGCAAUGCACUGGAAAGGAGCAGAUGGAAGGGAUAGAAAAUGCCUAUCUUCCAGCGAUAAUGGACGGGAGUUCAUACCACGUGUAUACAGCGGUCUACUCCAUCGCUCACGCACUCCACAAUCUGUUAACCUGUGUCGAAGGGAAUGGACCCUUUAGGAAUAACACGUGUGCGCAAAUUGCAAAUUUCGAGCCUUGGCAGUACCUGCACUACCUACGCACCGUGAAUUUCACAGCAAAGACGGGAGAAACCGUAUAUUUUGAUGAAAAUGGUGACCCGGUGCCAAGAUACGAAUUCGUGAACAUACAAACGAAUUUCAAGGGCAGCGCUGACAUUGUAAACGUCGGAUAUUAUGACGGUUCGGUUCCGCAAGGGCAGGAACUAAUGCUGAAUGUCAAGGAGAUCAUGUUCAGCACCACGGGAAAUACGAUUCCACGAGCUGUUUGCUCAGAACCAUGUCUUCCUGGAACAAGAAAAGUCAGCCGAAAAGGGCAGCCAAUAUGUUGUUUUAACUGUGCAGAAUGCGCGGAUGGUGAGAUCAGCAAUGCCACGGAUUCCACCGACUGCAUCAAGUGUCCAUCGGAAUACUGGACGAAUCAGGCAAAAACACAAUGUGUUCUCAAGAAGGUUGAGUUUCUUUCAUUUGGAGACGAUCUUGGGUUUAUAUUAGUAACACUUGCUCUAGUGGGAAUAUGCUUUACGUUGGUCAUCGCUGUUAUUUUCUACCGGUUUCGGGAAACUGCCAUAGUCAAAGCCAACAACUCUGAACUGAGCUUUCUACUUCUCUGCGCCCUGCUGUUUUGCUUCAUUUGCUCACUGACAUUCAUAGGAGAACCAUUCGUCUGGUCGUGCAUGUUGCGCCGCACCGCUUUCGCAAUUCUGUUCGUUCUUUGCAUUUCCUGCAUCCUGGGCAAAACCAUCCUUGUCGUGAUUGCCUUUAAAGCAAAUCGACCCGACAGCCGUGUAAUGAAUUGGUUCGGACCUGUGCAGCAACGCGUGGGCGUCUCAUUUCUUACCUUUGUGCAAGGUUUAGUUUGCAUUGUCUGGUUAACUGUGUCACCUCCCUACCCCCAGAAAAACAUGAAACAUUACAGAGACAUCAUUAUUCUGGAAUGUAACGUGGGCUCAUUGACAGCCUUUUACUUUGUCUCGGCCUAUAUUGCGCUGCUGUCCAUUGUGUGUUUAGUGCUUGCAUUCCUUGCCCGGAAACUCCCAGAUAGUUUCAACGACGCCAAGUACAUCACGUUCAGCAUGCUGAUCUUUUCCGCUGUUUGGAUAACUUUUAUUCCAGCCUAUGUGAGCUCUCCAGGGAAGUAUACAGUGGCUGUUGAAGUGUUCGCCAUUUGGGCAUCAAGCUUCGGUCUGCUAAUUUGUAUUUUUGUACCUAAAUGCUACGUCAUCUUAUUGAAACCGGAGAUUAAUACAAAGAAACAUAUGAUGUCCAAAGUGACUUCACUUUAA